AUGAACAUUGAAAAGAUUGGAUCAAAAUGGGAAGAAGAAAUCGAAUUAAUAAACAAGAUUGGAAUUAAUGAAGCUCUAUUGAAUAAAUUAUCAGUAUUUGUUAAAGCUUAUGGAGAUUUGUCUAGUCAAGGAUGUUGUUUUCCUGAAGAAGAAUUGGAUUUGAGUAGGAUCUUAAGAAAAAUACUUUUAGUUGAAUUUUUACCUAAAACUGAAUAUAUGGAUUUUGAAAUAUGCUUAGAGUUAGCUGAGAUUAAGAUUGAAGAGGGAUGGGAUUAUUUAUCAUCUAUCAUUUCAUCUGAUCAAAGGUAUUUGAUCUUUCCUAGUGCUCCAAGUCUUUUAUUAAGUAGUUAA